CGUUAUACAGGUAAAUUAGGUGGCAACACAGUAGCUUUUCCACAAACUGGACGUUGCGUGGAGAGACAAGUAUUUAUGUAGCACAACCUAAGAGGAGAGUCGCCUUAUGUGAUCAACCCGUCGUUUACAAGCCAAUUAUAUGCGACUUUGACGACGCUCACAUUUGAUUUUUUUUGUUGUUCGCGAUUCAUCACUCUAGACGGAAUGCCCAUGUGUCCAGGUUGAAGUAGCUAACGUAAACUACAGUAGCUAGCCUGGAGAGCUGUGGACACUGGGUCUGGCUUUUAUAGGCUAUCAUCAGUGGUUUGCAAAUGGCGUAAUGACUAUCAUUUAUAUGCUGACAGACUUGGGUGGGGCUGUUUUGGAUGACACGCAGUGAAAUAACAGAAGAAAUUCUCAGGAUAUAGCUAUCUACUCAACCUAGGGAUCCAGAACACAAUGACCAAGCCCGACUCGAAGAGGAGCAGCGUGGCUCUUGUCACUGGCAAACCUGCCAAUGCUGCAGAGGAGCAGGUCAAUAAUGGCUCAUCUGACCCUUCAGUGUCUGGUUCUCCCCACCACGCAUUGACCCCGGCGACUCCAACCAAACACAAAUCUGCUAAACAAGUCUCCCGAGACAACCUUUCUAGACGAAACACGGAGUCUGAAGUAUUCGACGAUGGAACCAACACCUUUUUCUGGAGAGCACAUACAGUCACUGUGCUUUUCAUUCUCACGUGUGUGUUGGUCUAUGUCACUCUGUUGGAGGAGACACCCCAGGAUACGACGUACAACACGAAAAGAGGGAUUGUGGCCAGCAUCCUAGUGUUCCUCUGCUUUGGAGUGACACAAGCCAAAGAUGGCCCAUUCACCAGACCACAUCCAGCAUACUGGCGCUUCUGGCUAUGUGUCUCCGUUGUCUACGAGCUAUUCCUUAUCUUUGUGCUGUUCCAGACGGUCCGUGAUGGGAGACAGUUUAUGAAGUACAUUGACCCCAAACUGGGGGUAGCCCUGCCGGAGAGGGACUAUGGCGGCAACUGCCUCAUAUACGACCCGGGGAACACCACCGACCCCUGGCAUAACAUCUGGGACAAGAUGGAUGGCUUUGUCCCCGCUCACUUUCUUGGCUGGUAUAUUAAGACACUUGUGAUCAGAGACUGGUGGAUGUGUAUGAUCAUCAGCGUGAUGUUUGAGUUCCUGGAGUACAGUCUGGAGCACCAGCUUCCCAACUUCUCUGAGUGCUGGUGGGACCAUUGGAUCAUGGAUGUGCUGGUGUGUAAUGGCCUGGGGAUCUACGCUGGGAUGAAGACCUUAGGCUGGCUGUCUAUGAAGCCCUACCAGUGGCAGGGACUGUGGAACAUCCCCACAUACAAGGGGAAGAUCAAGCGCAUGGCCUUCCAGUUCACACCCUACAGCUGGGUCAAGUUUGAGUGGAAGCCUGCCUCCAACCUACGCAGGUGGCUGGCUGUCCUGGGAAUCAUCUUCAUGUUCCUGCUGGCGGAGCUGAACACCUUCUACCUGAAGUUUGUGCUGUGGAUGCCUCCGGAGCACUACCUGGUGUUGCUUCGCCUCGUCUUCUUUGUCAACGUGGGCGGAGUGGCCAUGAGGGAGAUCUACGACUUCAUGGACGACCCGAAGUUCUAUAGGAAGCUGGGGCAGCAGGCGUGGCUGGUGGCGGCCAUCACCGUGACCGAGUUCCUCAUUGUAGUCAAAUACGACCCCAGGACCAUCAUGCUGCCCAUCCCCUUCUUCGUCACCCAAUGCUGGUUCCUGGGCAUCGUCCUCAUCCUCAGCUGGACAUUGUGGCGCUUCUUCAUCCGUGACAUCACUCUCCGCUACAAAGACGCUCGCCGACGGAAGCAGGAGGUCACAGGGGACUGCGGCCGUCCCCAUGGCAACGGUGGCACGGCAACCCCGUCGGGACGCAGCAAACUCAACGGCAUCUCCGAGUCUCUCCGACACAGGAAGUCCUGAGAGGCGGAGCCUGCCGCUGGUAGGGGGUGGGGAAAGGGACACAAAAAAAAGAGCCGCAGCGCCAUACACACGCAGGGCGUCUGGAUCACAAAUGUAGAGGUGUGUCUGGGGGAAGGGGGAUGUUGUUCUUGUGCCUACCUGAACAGUGUCAUAGUCAUUCCUGUGCUGGCUUUUCACUGUUAACACUAAUCACAGAACAAAACACCGAACAGGGAUUUGGGGUUGUGGUGUCAGCUAGCUAUCCCAUACUACAGGGAUUUACCUCAUGUACGUUCAUUGUGUAAUCGUGCUGGGAACUUUACGGGGGCGAUUUUAUUAUUUUGUUAUAUGUUGAAAUUUAAUUGGGUCCAAAAAAUCACAAAGGGUUGGGACAGAUGAUGGAUUUUGUUUUCACAGUGGCAGAAUUAUGUUAACUUAAAAUGUAAUCAGGAUGAAUUAAGGGUUGGGAGGGAGAGGAACCGAACCCCCCCAAGGGGCCAGCAAACAUACUUACUUACAAGCUAAAUAACAGCCAAAGCUUUGAACAAAUCCCUGUUCAAGCCAUUUUCUGCUAAAGCAGGGAUUCCCAAACUCGGUCCUGGGACUCCCCCGGGUGCAUGUUUUAUCCUCUAGCACUACACAGCUGACUCAAAUGAUCACCGUUUGAUGAGGAGUUGGUUAUUUGAAUCAGCUGUGUAAAAAACAGAACGUGCACCCAGGGGGGCGCCCCAGGGUCGCGUUUGGGGAAACCCUGGUCUAAACCAUUAGGGCUGUGCCACUCAACCUGCGCUAGGGCAAUUAAGUCCCAAUGCCGUGGAUUGCAAUCGUUAUAUCCUAGUAACAUGUGGUAAUGAUGGCUGUAACAUGACAGACGAUGGUAUUCAAACCAAAUUGGAUGCAAAGGAGGGAUGCAAAGCUGGCCAAAACAAGCUUUUAAAUACAGAAUGAACAUCUGUACAAUUCUAAAUAUGCUUAAAGAAUGCAGGGCACACACAGCCAUUGGAGAAAUGUGAACCAUGUCUGACACACCUGUAUUUAAUUAGGCUCUUUAACGUCUUAAUUAAUCACACUGGCGUCAUUCAUGGGAAAUACGUCUCAGAAUAGCCAAAAGCCAGGUGACGGGUAACAAUUAGUGUGGGCUUUCAAGUUGAAGUGGUAGCUACAGUAUUAUAUAACCCUUUGGCCCUCACCGCACUGUUCAUCAUGGGUGACUAUCAAGCCUAGAUGACAUGAAGGGACUUCUUUUGCGUGGAGAGGUGUCCACAUUGUGGAUGUUGGCUACAGACUUAAUCCACUUGUGUUGGUGAUCACCCUCCCAAUAAAUAAGGGAGAAAAAAAGCACAUCACAAAGAUAAGACUAAAAUGGGCAGCCUUUGCACUGCUCGGGGCUCAAUGGUGACUCUUGCUGGGACAUGAACUUCGGCACCUUGAUUCCAUGUGUAAUUACAAGCACCAUCCAAUGUAAAAUAACUAGUUGUGAGUCGCAAUAGGUAUUUGUGUGUAUGUCACUGGAUGGAGAGUAGAAGACUUGUGCUAAAUAGUUCCAAACUGCCUGAUGUGACCUAGAACAUGCUUAAUGCCAUUUAUAAUAUAUUGUGAAUGUAAACCAGCAGCUCUAAACCUUAAAAUAAGGCGGCUUCUCAUUAAACACCAAUUAUUU